GCGGUACCAUUAAAAGAAUAUUCGAACCACGACAGAGGUAACACAUUUUGUAACGAUAAUGAUGAUUGCGCGGUUAGCGGUUAGCGCCACCUUGAGAGUAAAAAGUACACUCGUCUUUUUAGUGGACACAGUCGGUCGAGUGGCUUGUGAUGCGCCCGGCGAUUUCGUGAAAAUUCCCCCAAGGACAUUCGUCAUACUUUCUCUCCCAUUCCGCAACCCUUCCGUGACCGUUGGAAAGUUCUCUCCAAACAUCGAACAUGCUGUCGCUGAGGCUUCUGCUGCAAAGAAAUGUCGCUCAGGGCCUGGCCACAACAGCGCUGUCGCGCAACAACAGCACCCUGGUGAUCGCGGACCACAAUGAGGGCCAGCUUUUGCCGUCGACGCUCAGCGCCAUCGCAGCUGCCAAGAAAAUUGGCGGAGACGUCGCCUGUCUCGUCGUCGGCAAGGGCAUCUCGAAGGCGGCCUCCGAGGUGAGCAAAGCAGAUGGACUGAUGAAGCUGCUAGUGGCCGACAACGAGGCUUUCGAUGGCCUUCUGCCCGAGCGGAUCACACCAGUCGUGCUGGCCUCCUGCAAACAGUUCCAGUUCACGCACAUUGUGGCUGCUUCCACUGCGUUCGGCAAGAACCUACUUCCACGGGUGGCUUCCAAGUUGGACGUGUCUCCCGUGUCCGACGUGCUGGACAUCAAGUCUCCCGACACAUUUGUGCGCUCCAUUUACGCGGGAAACGCAGUCCAGACGCUCAAGGCCAAGGAUACCGUGAAAGUGCUCCUCGUGCGGGGAACAUGCUUCGAGGCCGUUGGUUUAACGGGCGCUGGCGCCGCUUCGGAAGACGCCCCCACUGCGGAGUUUGACCAGACGCUGUCGGCGUUUGAGGGCCAGGAACUGAGCAAGAGCGAACGGCCGGAGCUGACCAGUGCCAAGAAGGUGAUCUCGGGAGGACGAGGCAUGAAGAGCGGCGAGAACUUCAAGAUGCUGUACGACCUCGCAGACAAGAUAGGCGCCGCAGUCGGGGCGUCGCGGGCAGCGGUGGACGCGGGCUUUGUGCCCAACGACAUGCAGGUCGGACAGACGGGCAAGAUUGUGGCUCCCGAGCUGUACGUCGCAGUCGGUAUCUCGGGGGCCAUCCAGCACCUGGCAGGCAUGAAGGACUCCAAAACGAUAGUGGCCAUCAACAAGGACCCCGAGGCGCCCAUCUUCCAGGUGGCCGAUCUGGGUCUGGUGGCCGACCUCUUCAAGGCAGUGCCCGAGAUGCUAGAGAAGAUCGACGGGUACCUCAGCAAGUGAGACCCACGUGCGGGUCAGUUUGGGACAGUUUGCGAGAGACGGGAAGAUGGAAGCCGCGGCGGAGGAGGUCCGUCGAAGUGCGGUCGUGGAGUUGUACUAGUUGGUGCAGCGGCAGAAAGAGAAGGUCCGAGGGACAAUAUUGUUUUGUA